AAAAUAAUAGUGAACGUAAAUGUCAAAUCGGUUGGAAACUAGGGCUUCGUUCUCCUCUGUGUCCAGGUGUACAUUUUGAUUUUUGAAGGAGAGACAGAGAGAGAUGGUGAAGUCAGCAAAGAGCCACGAUUCUGACGACGACGAGUUCGACGACGUCGUUCCCAGACACAGCUCCUCGUCUCUCAGCGUGAGAGCAGAUGGGAAUAGCAGGGAGCAGAGGACGACGGCGCAUCGGUCCAAGCAUUCGGAGACGGAGCAGCGAAGGAGGAGCAAGAUUAACGAGAGAUUUCAGAUUUUGAGAGAUAUCAUACCGCAGAAUGAUCAAAAAAGAGAUAAGGCUUCAUUCUUGUUGGAGGUUAUAGAGUACAUUCAGUUUUUACAGGAGAAGUUGAAUGUGUACGAAGGACAAUACCAUGACUGGAGUAAGGAGCCAAAAAAAUUGAUACCAUGGAGAAAUCAUCAUGGGCCUGCAGAAAAUCUUUCGGAUCAUUCACAAGUUAUAAAGAAUGGCUUUGGAAUAGAGAAUAAUGUUGUACCCCCAGCCGUGCUCACAAAAGCACAGAGCUCUCCGGAAUCUGAAUUGGGCACAACUGCUGUUUUUAAAGCGUUGGAUCACCCCGCUGGGUCAGCUAUUCCAGCUCUUCCUUCGAACGUGCAAAUGAAGCCAAACAUGUUCGAUCCAGUUGUUAGGGGUGGUAUGCCCACCCAUUCUUUGCAGGAAUCUGUUUCUGAUGCUGAAAACGCACCCACCCAGACCCAGUCCCAAUGGUGGUAUGGUAGACCGUAUGCAACUGAGCAUGCUGUUCCAAGUAAUACGCUGCAUGAACAGGAGGAGCUGGCUGUUCAUAGUGGAUCAGAUAGCACCUCAAGUGCCUAUUCUCAAGAGAUACUGAAUUCUCUGACCCAAGCACUGCAAUCUUCGGGUGUUGAUUUGUCACAAGCCAGCAUUUCAGUGCAAAUUAAUGUUGGUAAACCUGCAAAUGGCGAACUCAACGGUACAGCAUCUGAUUCAAAGGACCAUGAGAAACAGUCUUUGAACUACCAAGUGAUUGCACAUACUUCAGUUGGUAACUGCAGUAAUGAGUCUGAUCUGGCUCAUAAGAGGCUCAGAACAGAGGAAAGAUAAUGUAUUAUUCUGGUCUCCAUUUUUUAUUUCUCUAAUUUUAAUUUUGUUCCUCUUCUUUUUUGGGGGUUUUUUUAUUUUUUAUGCGGGCCCUGAGGAGUGGGGGUUGGUGUUGGUCAUUUAUUCCAUGUCAUAGUCCGCAGACAGCUAGGCCCGGAUCAAUUGUAGAUGCUGCUGUUCUUUGAUUUGCCAGGUUGCAUGGACUAUCCCCUAGAGAAGUAUGUCACAUAUUAUUUUAUUUGUACUUCAAAUUCAGAUCGAUGAUUCCAUGCAUAUAUAAUGAGAAGCUGAUUUUAUCUUUCAA